UGUACGCGUCACCACCAUGGACGCCGAGCUGGAGUUUGCCAUACAACACACGACCACCGGCAAACAGCUCUUCGACCAGGUCGUCAAAACGAUCGGUUUGCGCGAGGUCUGGUUCUUUGGCCUGCAAUACACCGACUCAAAGGGUGAUUUAACAUGGAUUAAACUUUACAAAAAGACUGGAUCAAUGCCAUUCUCCACAUGGGUUUUAAAUCAAGAUGUGAAGAAGGAGAAUCCCCUGCAGUUCAGAUUCCGCGCCAAGUUCUAUCCGGAGGAUGUGGCUGAGGAGCUCAUUCAAGACAUUACUUUGCGUCUGUUCUAUCUGCAAGUGAAGAAUGCCAUACUGUCCGACGAAAUUUACUGUCCACCAGAAACAUCCGUACUUCUCGCCUCGUACGCCGUUCAAGCGCGUCACGGCGACUACAACAUGGGUGUACACACAGCUGGCUUUUUGGCCAAUGACCGUCUGUUGCCACAACGCGUGAUCGACCAACACAAAAUGUCCAAGGACGAAUGGGAGCAAUCGAUAAUGAAUUGGUGGAAGGAGCAUCGCGGCAUGCUGCGCGAAGACGCCAUGAUGGAGUACUUGAAGAUCGCGCAGGAUCUUGAGAUGUAUGGCGUGAAUUAUUUUGAAAUUCGCAACAAGAAGGGCACCGAACUGUGGUUGGGCGUUGACGCGCUCGGUCUUAACAUCUACGAACAGGAUGACAAGCUGACGCCGAAGAUCGGUUUCCCUUGGUCGGAGAUCCGCAACAUUUCGUUUUCGGACAAAAAGUUCAUAAUCAAGCCAAUUGACAAGAAAGCGCCCGACUUCGUCUUCUUUGCGCCGCGUGUUCGCAUCAAUAAACGUAUUCUGGCGUUGUGCAUGGGCAAUCACGAAUUGUAUAUGCGACGCCGCAAACCCGAUACAAUCGAUGUGCAGCAAAUGAAGGCGCAAGCGCGUGAGGAGAAAAACGCCAAGCAACAAGAACGUGAGAAGCUGCAGUUGGCACUGGCAGCACGUGAACGUGCCGAGAAGAAGCAGCAAGAGUAUGAGGAUCGUCUGAAGCAAAUGCAAGAGGAAAUGGAACGCUCACAGAAGGAUCUGUUGGAAGCACAGGAAAUGAUACGCCGCUUGGAAGAGCAACUACGUCAACUGCAGGCAGCCAAGGACGAAUUGGAGCUGCGCCAGAAGGAACUGCAAGCCAUGUUGCAACGCCUUGAGGAAGCCAAGAAUAUGGAGGCAGCCGAGAAGGCCAAGUUGGAGGAUGAGAUCAUGGCCAAACAAAUGGAAGUACAGCGCAUCCAAGACGAGGUGAACGCCAAGGACGAGGAGACGAAACGUCUGCAAGACGAAGUGGAGGAAGCCAGACGUAAACAGGCGGAAGCUGCAGCAGCGCUUUUGGCUGCAUCGACGACACCUCAGCAUCACCACGUAGCAGAGGAUGAAAACGAGAAUGAGGAGGAGCUAAUGAAUGGCGAUGGUGGCGGCGAUGUUUCGCGCGAUCUGGAUACAGACGAACAUAUCAAGGACCCCAUAGAAGACAGACGCACACUAGCCGAGCGCAACGAGCGCCUGCACGAUCAACUAAAGGCUUUGAAGCAAGACUUGGCACAAUCACGUGACGAAACGAAGGAGACGCAAAAUGAUAAGAUUCACCGUGAGAACGUGCGUCAAGGCCGCGAUAAAUACAAGACAUUGCGCGAAAUUCGAAAAGGCAACACAAAGCGUCGUGUGGAUCAAUUUGAAAAUAUGUAAAUUGUAACUGCGCGGAGUUGGGUGCGCAGUAUUUCAGCGUGACUGGUAAGGCUAGGAUGCCAGUCUUUUGUAUAGAACAACAGGACCAAUAGAAGCGUAUACAUCAACAUUAAACCAGCAACAUCAAUUUACAGCAUCUAAUCAAACAAACUAAGUGAAUGCACUUCUGCGCUCGAUCGACUGCGUCCAACCAAGUCCAUCGUUAUUUAGAAGCAAAAUUUAUUGUUUACAAAACAAAACAAAACAAAACAAAAAAAAACUAAACAAUGUUUGAUAUACUUUUGAUAAAAGAAAGUCUUCGAUGUCGCAAAGUAGAUAAAAAACCCUAAAACAAAAAAUCAUAAACGCUUACAAAUCAAAUCUAUAGAAACAAUCAAAUGCAUUUUCUUACCGUUUUGGAUAAGAGUUUAAAAAGAAAUAAAUCGAAGUAUUGCGCUGCUCCUACUAAAUAUGUUUAGCGAUUUGAUUGUAAAAUCCUAUUAAUUUUCUUUGUUUUUGUUUUUUCUCUUGCUUAGUUUGCGUAAUAUUCCUGUUUUUGGCAUUUAUUUAAAUAUCUUUAAACUAGGAACAUGAAUA